AUACAAAAAUAUUAUUAUUAUUUUUGUUGGAAAAAAAUGGAGAAUAAUAUAUAUGAUAAUAAUGUAUUACCACCAGGAUAUAGAUUUUAUCCAACAGAAGAAGAAUUGGUGGAAUUUUAUUUGAGAAAUAAGCUUGAUGGAAAAAGAAAUGACAUUCAACGUCUUAUACCAGUUGUUAAUAUUUAUCAUUACAAUCCAUCUGAACUCCCAGAUAUGGCAGGUGAAGUCAUUAGACAUGACAAUAAGCAAUGGUUUUUCUUCAUUCCAAUUCAAGAUAGGGAAGCAAAAGGAGGAAGACCUACUAGACUUACAACACAUGGAUUUUGGAAAGCUACUGGUACUCCUGGUUAUGUAUAUUCAUCAAACAAUAAUAGAAUUAUUGGAGGCAAAAGAACAAUGGUUUUCUAUAAAGGAAGAGCUCCAAAUGGGGAGAAAACACAAUGGAAGAUGAAUGAAUAUAAAGCUAGUCAUGGAGAAGCUUCACUAACCAAUAAUCAUGUCACAAAUUUAAAGUUGCAACAUGAAUUCAGCUUGUGCAGAGUUUACAAGGAAUCAAAACGUGUUAGGGCAUUUGAUAGAAGGCCAGUUGGUUCUGGAUUAUUAUUACCCCCUCAUCAAUCACUAAUUAAUUAUGUUAAUCGUGAUCAGGCUGCACUAUCAAAUAAUAAUAAUAAUAAUAAUAAUAAUAUUGAAACAAGUUCAUUAGAAAGUUCAUCAUUAGGAGAACACAUACAGUCAAUGGGAAGUUUAAAAGAUUUGUCUGAAACCCCAUUAUGGGAUUUUGAGGAAUGGAAUUUUAUUUAAAAAUUACUAUUAUUUAGAUGGGGUUAAUUAUGAUUUUAUAUGUAUAAUGACUUGAUGGAUUUAAUAGGGUUAAAAUAACUCUAAAAUAUAUCCAUCAAUUCUUAGAACUCAAGUUUAGAAAUUAAAUUAUA